AUGCCGGGUGGCCUGUCAGCUGCCCUAUGGUCGAUCCGUUACCUGCUGUUUGGAUGCUCUGUCACCCCUCAUCCGUCAUCCCGCAUAUAUUCCUUGGCUGCUGUCUUCCAGGACGGAAAUCCCAAUCUCUUGACGCCACUCAGGGUUGGCCAGGACCCAAGCUUCGAUCGGCUGCUGACAUCACUGGCUUCGGUCGCAAGGCACUGUCCGAAAAUCGUCAUCGAUGCCAUCAUGUCAUGGAGAAACUACAAAAACGACACCCCGUUCCAGAUCACCUCCAAUCUCUCUGUGUCGUAUUCGCACAUCAAACAACGAGACCUGGAGAUUCUCUUGGCUGAGCGCAAGACACUCAUUCUCAACUUUAUCAUCUGUCGAGUGCUGAUUACAAUCAUGGGCUCGCUCACGAAGGAGCUUCUUCCCGAAUCCCUCGGAGAGAAGCUCGAAGCCAUGGUCUUUGAGCAGAUCAAGAUUGCCGAUCCAGAAAUCAUCUCAAGAAACCCCAAUCGCCAGUCCAACAUUGACUUUUUCGCCGAGCUUCUAGGAUCGAUCUCGAAUCUCAGGUUCGGGUCAGUCAGUGACCACUUUGCAUCCGAGUUGGCUCGUAGCAGCUCGUUGAAGGAGAGCAAGUUGGAAAUGAUCAUCCGGCAAAUGCGACAUCUCAGGCUCAAGAUCGUUCCGAUGGAGGCCAUUGAGGACUCUGCCUUCUUCCUUGAGACUUGUGCAAAGUACUUUCAGGCUACAGGAGCCUCUCGCAUCCAACUGGCCUUCGCCGACACCUUUGUAGAGUUGCUUGAGCCAAUUGUAGAGGUUGUCACGGGUGUGAUCAACAUUCCCGCCUGGAUCAAAGCCAUCGAGAGCAUCUACGGCAAAGCGUAUCGGCCCAACCAGCGACUCAAAGGAACUUUGGUGAGGGCAGUUUGCCAUCUGUUUCUGGUCACGACGCUUCUCAGUGCGUGCAAAAAGUCGUUCUUCUACGAUAACUGGAUGAGCGCGGCAAACAUGUGUCUUCAGCGCCUGUCGCAGAGGGAUUACAAGAACAAGCUCUCGGUUCUGUUUUGCCUCGUUCGCCUGAUCUGGAUAUACCUCUACCGCUUCCCGGAAACCCCCGUCCACAACGCCCACAUGAAUCUCGAGACGAUCGUUCGUAUCCUGCUUCCAAGUCUCCCGGGGCGAAAGCCGAAUGCCGUGUCGACGACCCUCUUUUCGACCGAAAUCGGUCCUCCCUCGGCCAUGAUCAACAUGGGUCCUCUCAGUGUUUCUGGGAUCGGUGGUUUGGACCUGUAUGUGCAGAUCGCCGCAUAUCCCGGCUCUUCAUUAGGCUCUGCCGAGGAGUACCCGGGCUCUGGCGCCGAUGUGAGCCUCUACCCGGAUCGCUUUAUCAUCGCUAUCCGAACGAUGCGUCUGCUCCUAGCGGACUUUGAGGAGCACCUCGGUACCGAUGAGCGCAGCGUGUUCUACAACAAUCCAGCCGCCGGCGGCUUCUCGCACAACGUCGUACUCGAGAGCCGCAUCAAUAUCCCACCGCCUCGCUUCCCUGCUUUCAAUCAGUUCUUCAACAUCCAGCUUGGCACCACAGAGUCACUGCGUGCCAUACGCGAGCGGAAGGACCCCCAGGCUUCCCCGGGCGAAAUUGAUCUCGACUCUGCACAAGCGCGCGGCCCCGAACUAUCCAAGCUCUUGUCGGCAUCGCUUCCUAACCAUGUCUAUAAUGGCAUCGGCACUAUGCUCCAGCAGACCUACAACAAGAUCAACGAUAUUUUGGGUCGUGCCUGGGUCGAAUUCGAUAGCGGCAGUUCCUUCGACAGUGCCGUUGGCCUUCAUUUGCUCGGGGACCUGGCGACCAGUGGACUCCAUCGAGAUGGAUCCUCCUCCAACCUCGGUGCCUUUGCGGCUUCCAAAAGCAGCAUCAGCGGCAGCGGCAGCGGUUCCGGCGCCGCUGCUGAAGGCGCUUUCUCGGGUGCAUCCUCAGACAAGUAUGAGCGACCGGGGCUCUUUGUUGACAAGUUGGUGCUCUACGAACUCAUGCGCGCCUGUCUGGAUGCCAUUCCGCGCUUCGUUCCUACUGGAGUGGGCCCGGUGAAGAUCAUCGAGAAUCUCGGUCGAUGGAUGGUCCAUGUUGAUGAAGACAUACGCAAAGCUGCCUUUGAGGCCCUCAUGCGAAUUGCCAUGAUCAAGGAUGGCGGACUGAAGGGACAAUGGGCCCUUAAAGGCGGCGAAACGCUGCUCUCUGGAAUCCUGCGGAUUGCCGUGGACACCUCGAUUGGAAUCGUCAACGAGAAGUUUGGCGAGCUGGCGACAAUGCAGGGCACCCACGAUGCGGUCUACAGCAUCAUGGAGAAGGUCGUGUGUAACUACAUAUGCUUUUUGAAGCUGUAUCUGGAAGAGAUGAAGGAGCUUCACGGCCGGGAAGACUCGCGCCUUGAGCCAGCCCAUGUCGACUGGAUCGUCCAGGGUAUCGAGAGCAAAGGCCUGCUUUUCCUGACGUCCACCUUCCCAGCGAUUCGCAAGCACGCCAUCGGAAUCCUUGAGAUAGCAGUCACCAUCGAAAACGUGCUCAAAUACGGCUCUGCGUCUGCGACCGACGACGCACGCAAGGCCCGACAGUCAAAUGCCAACGAUGACAAGGUGCGCGUACACCCCCACUCUCAGAGCCAGCCUGCCCAGCUCACGCCCAAGGAAUCACGGGCUAUCCGGGUGCUCCAAACGAUGGGAGACGAGAUCGUCCGAAAGUACGAGUACGAUCCCCUAUCUAAUCCCAGGUCCGGUAGCGACGGCGCCGGGAUUGAUCCGGGUCGAGGUGCUGUCGACCGAUCGCCAACGCUGCUCGCCGUGGCUGGGUCUGCAGCCCCUGUGGACGUGUCACUCUGGAACCGAUGUUUUGCGGCCGUCGUGGCCAUGUUCUACGACUACCUUUGUCCUUCAGUUGUCAUUCGAACUUUUGCCGAUAUCAACGUCCGCCUCGGGGCCCUGUACCCGACCAUCUCCAGCGGACUGGACCUGAGCUUCAAGCUGACGAGCAACGGAACGCUUCAAUGGAAUACCGUGAGCACCCCAAGUAAUCUGGCGCAAGUGCCUUCUCGUGCAGUACUGCCUUCGGACGAGAUUGUUGUUCAGUUUCAGCUCUACCUGACCUUUGUCGUCGCCACCAUGGAGGUGGUCUCAAGCGAGAGCAUCGGCCAUAUAGGAAAGCUGUCACCUGGGAACGACUGUCACCAUAACGUCUAUCCCGUCUUUGGCAGCCGCGUGCUGAGAUGGGAAGUUGACGACACUAUAUGGCGCCGCCCGGUUGCCGUUCGGAUCGAGCAGCCGCAGAGUAUCAUCCACAAGGCGUUCUCGCUGAUCCUCUCGGACCGGGUUCAUAUCCGAAACGCGUCCAUCAUCGCCUUUGGAAGCAUGCAUUGGCGGACAUACCGCACCUUUCUCGAAGAAAUCCGUCCUUGCGGCAAGCUUGUCAUGGAUGACAUCCGGCAGCGCAUCGCCACCAACCCCCAGACCCCAUCGCACUCAACUCGCAAGUUGAGCCUGAGCUCGGCCAGCCAGCAUACCCGCAAACUCGAUCGGCUUCGUGAGGAGCUCACCCAGAUCUUUUCGUUGAUUGCCCACUUUGUUGAUCACGAUGAGUACCGCCAAGAUCACGAGCUUGUGGCGCCCGUGCUGCAGUACAUCAAGGAUAUGCAGCGAUUCCUCCACCACCCAGAGAUCCAGAGCGACCUGGACUAUCAGAUGCUCCGAUAUUACUUCUGUGGCUUCAUCGAGCGAUUCUUUGACCACCUCGUGACCAGCCUGGAUGUGGCCAUGGAUGUAGCCAUGGAUGCCUCUGGUAACCGCCUCUCGGACGAAAAACUCGAGAACUACAUUUCGAUUGAUCAGCGAUAUGCGCUGUUUCUGAUGUUUGAACAGUGGUGUGGCCACGGGCCGCUGGCGGCCUCGAUCAGGGAGCACGAGGACAAGACCAUCAAGGCCCUCCUGGAUGGGAUCCGUGACCAACGCGACCGUGCCAUGACCCACGAUCGGAUCGAGCUCCAGCGAAACGCGCUGGAGCUGGCUUCGCUCAAGGCAAUGUCGUCGCUCUGUCGUGGGUCGAUCACAAACGCGCGCCACCCCAGGGUCUCCUUCGAUGUCCGAACCCUGCUGGCGUGGGUUGACGGCCUCCUGACCAGCUCCAACGACAAGCACCAUGCCAUCGCGCGGGUGGCGUUGGAGAAUCUGCUACUAUACAAUCGCAGCAACGAGGAGCUUUUCGAGAAUGUUCUGCUGCGCUGCCAUUCAAGCACUGUCCCGCACGAUGUACAGCGAGGCUAUUUCAUGGCCAUGGUCAACCUGUUUGGCAGCCCAGCCCAAAACCAUUUCUACACGACGUCCCAGCGGAAGUACUUGCGUGAGCGCAAACUCAACGAUCUUCCCUUCCAUCCCGCCAAGCUCCUCUGCCUCGCAAUGUAUAUGAUUGGAAGCCAUAGCCUUCAGAUCCGCAAGGCUGCCAUCCGGCUGUUGCUGGGCGUUGAAGGGCUCAUGGGCGAUUCGGCUCCAGCGUAUCCCCCUGAUGUAAAGGGCUAUACCAUGUAUCCAGGUGGUCCCGGCGAAUCGGCAUAUGCGCAGCCGCUCGACCUGGGCGAUGACGAAGAAGAUGCCACCAAUGAGGCCGCCGCUAUCACAAGUGCUUUGCCAGCAAUCUUCAAGCGUGCGCAGGCGGCGGUGUCGUGUCGUUUGGCAUCCGAGUACACUGAAAUCACGUAUGAGAUGCUCUCCGAAAUGAUCAUUCAAACUGAGAUGAUUCGGAAGGGAGGUCCACCAACAUACUACAACCCCAAUCUCCGCGACAUUUUCAUCGCCAUGCUGCCCUGGAUCCGCAACAUUGACUUGCCGAAUGUCAUGAACGAUGUCGAGAAUAUGAAGGAGACGCCUGUGCCUCCAAAGUCGCUCGCCAAGGUAACGUCAGAGGUAAUCCUGACCAAUCUACUGUACAUUACGAUACGCUACGGUGACGACUUCAUCAACGAGAUCGAGGAUAUUUGGGCUCAGCUGGUCGAUCGAUUUGAAGAGGAUGCACCAUAUGCCGACAACCAAACGGCCCCGGCCGGCGCAGCCGCGUCCGCACUCUCGUACGAGAAGAUGAGCCGCAACGUGCAGAUGAUUGUUGAGUUUCUGCUGGACGUCGGUGUCCAGCGCAGGAGCCGCAAGUUUGUCAAAUAUGCCAAGAAGAUUGUUGUAUACCUUGGGCGCACUGCCGGCUGCGAACAGCUUGUGGAGACGCUCAUGUCAUGGAUCACACCCAAGGGCCUUGUACCUUCGAGCGGAGAUCGCAAUCUAGGCGGGAUCGACGACGACAUCAGCGAGAUGCUGAGCUUUGGAAAGUCCGGCCGAGAAGUUGGCGGCACCUAUAUUCAAGGGGUGGGACCAAAUCCGCUGUUUAUGGUCGAUCUCGGCGAUGUUCUGAACGACAGUCAGCUUCCGCGACAGUUUUCGCGCGGCCAGCUUUCAUGCGUCCUACUGGUGGAUUUGGCAAUCGAAUGCGGUCACAACGUGCUCGAAUCGAGGCUCCCAACGCUACUACUGGUGAUCUUUGUCCAACUCGACCACCCGCUCACGCUCAUCGUCGAGGAGAGCCGACUCCUGCUUAUCAAUCUGAUCCACUCGAUCCUGCCGCGCGACCAAAAUGCUGACCGCAUCGACGCCAUCCACUCGACACUGAACUUGAAAGAGGGAAAGCGACUGUGGAACUACGAGGACGUCUCGCCCAAAAUCCCCGCAAUCGACUCUGAGCGGCAAAUGGCUGGGCUCCUCAGCGACGUGCUUGCCCUCUUUUCAUCCGUCGACCCGCAGAUCAAGCAGCACCUCGGCGAAACAGCGCUGCAGUGGGGUGCGCGACGUACACUGCGUCAUGUGGCGGCCAGAUCUUUGCAAAUUUUCAGAGCCCUGCUUCCGCCCUUCAGCCUGAAGAUGAUUGGUGAACUCCUCUACCGCCUCCACUGCACGAUCGGCUCUCCAGUCGACGAAUACCAAGGCUAUUCGCUCGAGCUCCUGAAUACGCUGCAAGUCAUGAUCGACACCCUGGAUCCCGCGCGGCUCCUUCUGUACCCACAGCUGUUCUGGGCUGCGGUGGCGUGCAUGCAGUCCCCAAACGAGUUCGAGUUUAUUCGCGGCGUGCACAUGCUCAACAAGAUCACCGGCAAGAUCGGCAUCGAAGAAGAGCAGUGUCGAAACAUCCUGAUCCUGAGCUUGCCUGGUAACUGGAGAGGCCAGUUCCACGGCCUCCAGCCCCUCUUGGCGAGAGGGCUUUGCUCCUCCGUUGCCGAGACGGAGGCUGUGGAGGUCCUUGGACAUCUGCUGACGUUUGCAGAUGACGCCCUCGUGGACCAGCCGUCCGAACGCGUGCUCCGAUCGAUCUUGUGCUUUCUACCCCGACUGCUGCAGGGUCUCGAGGCCGCGCCCCAAGCCGACGGCGGUGCCGACGUCAAUAUCUCGGUCGAAGGGUGUCUCCGAGUGGCAAGUCUACUCGGGAUGAUGGCGGAUCGGAAGGGUCACUUUGGAUUGGGCAAACUGUUUUUGUCGUACUCGAAACAGCGCUUCCGGUCAAAGGAGGAUUUCCUCUCACAGCUGGUUUCGCUCAUCCGCAACGAGUUCUGUCCGACACACGAGGGCAUGGUCCUGCAAACCCUUCUCAAGCAUCUCACCAAUCGACACCCGUUCUACCGCAAGCGCACGCUCAAGUUCCUCAAG